UCAUUAUUCAAAAAAUAAACAAAAUGCAGCAAACAAAGGAGCAGUACAACACCGGCACCGCCAAGCAGCCUUCUCACGAGGCUGAUCAGAGUAGUACUCAACGGCUAAGUGACAAGAAGGUCGGGGACCUGAUGGUUAACAAGCGGAGGCUCGUGGAGGUGCCGUACACGGCGACUCUUGCCCAUACCAUGAACGCUUUGGUGGCGAACAAGGUGCUGGCCGUGCCCGUGGCAGCACCGCCAGGCCAGUGGAUUGGAGCCGGUGGUUCUAUGAUCAUGGAAGCUGACAAGCAGACCGGGACUGUGCGGAAGCACUAUAUAGGAUUGGCCACCAUGCUUGAUAUCUUGGCUCAUAUUGCAGGGACUGAAGAUCAGCUGAUGGAUGAAGAAGUUAAUGAUGGGUUUGAUCUUGAUCAGAAGAUGUCAGUUCCGGUGUCUAAGAUCAUAGGGCACUGCCUUGAGGGUUUAAGCUUGUGGACACUAAACCCCAACACAAGCAUCAUAGACUGUAUGGAAAUAUUUAGCAAAGGAAUACACCGUGCUUUGGUACCCGUAGACAGCCACAUGGACAACGUCGCUGGAGUUGAACUUGUGGAAUCCGCUUCCAGCUACCGGAUGCUCACCCAAAUGGAUGUGUUGAAGUUCCUCAAGGAACAUGCCAGCUCCGGAUCCGAACUCGAUGGCAUCCUAUCACGGACGGUGUCUGAUUUGGGAGUGGUAACUGAACGAGUUUUCGCCAUCACUGACCGCACAAUGGUUAUAGAUGCCAUAAAGUGCAUGCGGAUAGCUUUGCUGAAUGCUGUUCCGAUUGUCAGAUCCUCAGACGCCGACAAUGAAGAUGAUCACAAGCAGCUUGUAAAUGGCAUAGGUAGGGAGGUUAUAGGAACAUUUUCGGCAACGGAUUUGAGGGGUUGCCACUUUGCGACGCUGAAAACAUGGCUGCCAAUGAGUGCCCUGGACUAUACGGAGACUGUCUUUGCAAACCCUCUAUUGGCAUCAAUAGCAUCGAACACAGCGGGUCCAACGUCGAGGGAACUGGUCGUAUGCAAAUCCGAUACGCCCUUAGGUCAAGUGAUUGACAAGGUGGUCACCAAACAUGUGCACCGAGUUUGGGUUGUGGAUCAACAAGGCUUGCUCAAGGGCCUCGUUUCUCUGACGGACAUAAUCCGAGCGAUGAGGUUUGCAAUAGUUGCUGAACCAAACCCCUGAAAGAAUCAACUAAUUCUGUAGCCAUUUGGAGAGGUUAAUAUUUUGUGUAAUAUUUAGGAGUUUUUGUAGAUGUUGGGGUAUAAAUAGAUUGUGCUUAUUUACAUGCUUUUAAAGUUGUUCCUAUUAACUUUUAAUCGUAUACAGUCCGUGCUCCAAAUGUCUUUUCCUUUACGUCUGCCUGUAAGAGUAAAUGUUAAUUUCAAGUAAUUUGUGAAUGACCAGUUUGUAGUUUUUAUUUCUUUA